AUGGAUCCUAACAUACCUCACCUUCAUUAUGGUAGGAAGAUGAAGAAUUUGGCAAAAUUGGAUUUUGUCGCCCUUGACAUCUCUGGCAAGAACUACCUGUCUUGGGCCCUUGAUGCCGAGAUUCAUCUCGAAGCCCAAAACCUUGGGCCUACAAUCAAGGAAGGAAACUCAGCGUCCCCGCAGAAUAAGGCUAAGGCCAUGAUUUUUCUGCGCCACCAUCUCCAUCAGGGAUUGAAGGACGAGUACUUAACUGUCAAAGACCCACUUGAGCUAUGGACAGGCUUGGCAGAUAGGUUCGCUCAUCAAAAGACUGUUGUGCUUCCUAGGGCACGUUAUGAAUGGACGCAUCUGCACCUUCAAGAUUACAGUUCUGUGAUAGAUUACAAUUCCGCCAUGUUCAAGAUCACCUCCCAGAUGAAUCUUUGUGGAGAGACUGUCACUCAGGCCAUGAUGCUUGAAAAGACCUUCUCCACCUUUCAUGCCUCAAAUAUGGUCUUACAGCAACAAUACCGAGAAAGAGGAUUCACCAAAUACUCUGAUCUCAUAUCUUGUCUUCUGGUGGCUGAGCAAAACAAUGAGCUCUUAAUGAAGAACCAUCAGUCUCGCCCUACAGGAUCACAACCAUUCCCUGAAGCGAAUGCUACUUUUACUAGUGGUCAUGGCAAUAGACGUGGUGGAAGGCAUGGCAAAGCCAGUAACCGUGGUCAUAGACGUGGUCAGGGUCGACAAAAUGGUCAAGCUCGUGGGGGCUACAACCAGCAGCUGGGCCUAAGGAACAAUGCCAAGAUUACUAAAGGAAAUGGUCAGAUGAUCAAAACUCGUAAAAAUGAAGACAAUGUUUGUCUUAGAUGUGGUAGUAAAGGCCAUUGGGCUCGCACCUGUCGUGCAGAGGACCAUUUGGUGGCACUCUACAAAGCUUCCUUGAAAAAGAAAAAUGUGGAGACAAACUACAUUGACCACUCUGACCCUUGGGAUUCAUCUGAGCCUAUGGACAUUACUCCGCUUGAUGUCUCAGAUUUUUUUGCGAACAAUGGAAGCAAUUUUGAUGAUAUGACCAGUGGUGGAAUUCUUGACGACAACUAG